CUAGCGCCCCCCUCUCUCUCUCUCUAUCUUUCACUCAAAUAAUCUCUUCCCUCCCUCUCUCGCCACUUCUCCCUCCAUCUUUCACUCUCUACGUUUCGCUUCGAGCUUUCCCCUCUCUCGGAUCCGAAUCUUCCCCGAAGUAGAAAGUCUCUCUGUUAUUCUAAGCUGUUAAUUGCGUAAUGGGGAAGGUAUCACCAAAGGAUUCAGAUUCAAAAAUCUCAACGAGGAAGAAGAAGCUAAAGUCUACGAAUAACAAAUACUUAAAGCCUGGGGCUCUUGUUCAGCUCUGUUACAGUAAAGCUUCGGCUAAUACUAAGCCUGCUAGGAACAGUGGCGUUCCAUUGGAAGAUGUUAAUUCUCCGAGGAGUCCUUUGGUUUCUUCCCCUGUUAACGGUGUUAAGAGGAGUAGUCUUGUGAGGCCUAUGAAGUUUGAUGAUUUGCAGGUGGAGAGUAAGAAGAGUCCUUUGAUUGUUAGGCAGAACUCGUUGUUGAGGACGCCGAAGACGCCUCAAGCUGAGAUUUAUUGUGACUCUGAGUCUCAGCUUGAGUCUCUUCCCAUGGAUUUACUGGUUAAGAUAGUGACUCAUCUGCAUCAUGAUCAGUUGAAAGCAGUGUUCCAUGUUUCCCAGAGGCUAAGGACAGCUACUGUGAUUGCAAGACAAUAUCAUUUCAAUUAUACAACGCCAUGCCGGUCAAGGCAGGAGAUGUUGAGUGUUUUGACCCCAAUGCCAAUAAAUCGUUGGCCUUUUGUUAGCAUGGGUGAUGGAAACGCGAGGAUCAUGGCGAGUCCACACACACCAAAGGCACCGAGACAUGGUCCUCGACCACCUUUCAGAACUAAAGUAGCGGAGAUGAAGCAAAUCACUGCUGUUCUUUUCCAAGACCAGACAGCUUUCCCUUCGAGGUGUGUCGUUCCUUCGGUUCUCCAGAGGCCGAGUUUGUUCAAGCCACUGGCUCCAAAGCACCCUCGUGUGCUCUUCUAUGAGGAUGAGUUAUGUCAAGCUGUUGCUCAGAACAACCUUCAGUGAUUAUGCUUUGUGCUACAGUCUCGUUUCGCGUUUCCCCUCUCUGUUCAUAUUAGAUUUGCUUUCAUUGUGGUUUCAUGAUAAUCUCCAUCAUGAUUUAUCAUUGGCAGCCAGCGUCGUCUCAAGUUAUAGACUAUAUAGUAUUAAGUAGCAUGCAAGUUUUGUAGCAGUGCUAGUUCAGGGUGUUAGGGUUUUACAUGGGAUUCUCGUAGUAUCAUUUCAAGGUUUUCGAGUCAUCUGAGUUUGUCAUAAUAAGCAAGUGGUUUCUGAAACUGGUCACAGUUGAGUCUUGUCUUGUGUGUAUAUUUUUCUGCAUUGGAUCAGUUGUUUACUUUUCUUUUUAUUAUGUUUAUUGUUACUUGCUUUCUUCUUAUGUUGGCUCUAAAGUUU